UGUCCUCGUGAGCAGACACCGGCGAUGGCAGUGACGUCGCCCAUGCCAGAGGAGGAGUUGAAGCCACCGGGGGGAGGUUGGCCCUCGCCCGGGGAAGAACCGCGGAGAUCCGGACUGACGGCGCCCGCCAGACCGCCGCCGGCAAUCAUUUACAACAGCCUCCUUGGGGACAAGCAAGGAAGAAAACGCUUCGGCGAGAUCAAGAGCUUCAACGCAAGCAAAGGCUAUGGCUUCAUCUCCGAGCCCCAGGUCUGGGAUAUGAUGAAGUGCGAUGUGCACUUCCACCUGAACGAGGUGUACGACGUUGACCCUGAGAAGGUCAGCGAGAAGAUCCAAGUUGGCGCCAAGUGCAGCUUCUGGUUUAGCCUCGACCGCAGCGGCCGGCCGCAGGCGCGGGUGGUGCGCAUCACGGAGGCUCCAGACAGGCCGCAGCCGCCAAAAGCCAGUUUCGACAUCGAAGCCCGGCAGUACGUGGGCCGCAUCAAAUCCUUCAAGGAGGAUACCGGCUACGGCUUCAUCAGCUGCCAAGAGCUGUUCGACCGCUUCAAGCGGGACGUUUUCCUGCACCACAAGCAGCGGAAGAACUUUGAGGUGAAUGACGUGGUGAAGUUCAAGAUCUUCUUGGACCAAGCGAAGGGCCAGCCGAAGGCCAUGCACCUUGAAGCCGCGGAGGAGCAGGAGCUGCCGGAGACGCAGGAGCAGCAACAGCAAAGUGGGACUGAGACGCAGGAUGCCGCGAGCACUGCACAGGAGGAAACCAUCUCCCACGGUCUGCCCACGUCGCUCGACGACCAUUCUGCCGAGGAAGCGGAUGUUUGGGAGGAGGGCUGGACACGAUACUGCACUGAGGAGUCCGCCGAGGAGUUCUGGUGGUGCCGGGAAAGCACCAGCGAAUGGUUUAUGGAGAAAGACCCAGGGGACUGGGCCAAGUUCCUGGACCCCAGCAGCGCCAAAGAGUACUGGUGGCACACCAGCGGAAGGUGCUUCUGGGCCACCACGUGAGGCGGAACCGCCCAGUUCUGAGUAAAUGUGCCGAAGUGCUUGCAGGGAGCCUGUAGUUGAGCCCAUGGCACGCGCGUGGCGAAUUCAGUCAGGCCAGAAUUCAGGGUUCCUGAAUAGACGCCUAGUGGCUUGGAUCUCCAAGCAUCAUUUGGGGCUCCUCUCAAGGCCGGUUG